AUGGCAUCACUGAGCAGCAAAAAGACAGCCGCUUCCAAUGCACAGACUCUAAAAGAGUUGCAUCUGAUCUCCUUGGCCAUAAACUUCGCUUGCUUACUUGGAUUGUAUGUGCUCCACCGUCCGUCAAGUAAAUGGAAGUACUUUUUCUUUUCGAUCCCUUCCUUUGUCUGCCAGUUUAUAAUAGAGAAAAGUGGCCGUCCCGUCUAUGCUAAGGAGGCUGGCUCUGGCGUUUCUAGGCUCGUUCGCAGCGGGAACGAUAUCAAGGGUCCAGGCUUGUUCGAGUAUAUGUUUGAUUGCAUUUACAUUACGUGGAUCUGUGAUGUGUUGAUGCUCCUCUUUGGCUCCAACAAGGUCUGGAUGUUGUUCUUAGCUGUUCCAGGGUUUAUCGCAUACAAGGUUUUGUCCUUGGCCAAGUCAUUCUUUGGAAACAGAUCUGCAACAACCCCCGUUGCACAAGAGGCAGCACCAACACAAGGAAAAAGCAAAAGACAAACAAAGUUGGAGCAGAGAGGACAGAAACAGAAAUUCAGAACAAGAUAA